AUGAAAUGUGUGCUGGACUUUCAUAUCCCUGUGCUCAAUGAAAUGCCUCGCCAUAGAGACAGAGAUCCUAACUCUGCCAUUCCCUUCUCUUCAGAAGCUCUUGGUCUAUUUCGGUGCAGCAGGAAAGGGGUGACUCUGCUGCUGAAACGGCAGAGCUUUUUUUCUCCCAGAGAAGAACGGAUUCCAUGUUCUCUGAAGUCUGAACACUUCUUGAUGCAUCAAUUGGGUCAAAAUGUUUCCUACUUGCAGGUGAUGAUCUUGCUGCAACUUGCUGCCUGGGUUUACAGUGAGCUAGCUGCUGCAGUCCCGCUCGUUUCUUUAGAGGACACAGAUGACAGAAAUGCCGCCAUGGGAUCAGUGAAUUACCAUUUGGAUCUCGCUGACCCCCUAACCUCUCGGUCGCCUGUGGUUUCGUUCUGUCUGCGGCGAUGGAUUGCUUACUCUGCUCCGUUUGUGUGUCGAGUUUGUUGGUUAGUACAGGAAAUGCAUGAGUUGUCAAUCAGAAAGAACUUCAAUUCUUCAAGCAAGAACUCCAGACUUGGCUUUCAAAUAACUACAUUGUGAUGAUGGAACAUCGUCAGUCCGCACCAUUGCGUCUGCAAGAUCACCUUCCAGUUUGCACCAUUGUAAGUACAUCGCAGCUGACCAAGCAGUAAGUGAAUCCUAGAUUGUUGUUAAGAGCUCCAUUCUACGUGUGAGUUAUGAAAGAGCAUGCUGUAGUUCUGUUUUACUGGUCCAAUGGAUUUGCCCUGCCUUGCUCAGCAGCUCCAAUGGAUUUGCCCUGCCUUACUGUCAUUUAUUCAGAAAUUUUUACUGGUUUGCUGAUGUACAAAGGGCUGAUCCAGCUCUCGUCAUUUGAUCAGAAUAUGCGUACACCAUGAUGGUCACUGAGAAAUCUGACAUAGAGUUAUGGCGUUGUGCUGUUGGAGAUGCUAACAGGUCGUGCACCUGUGCAACCAAUAUAUCUGGGAGGCGAUCUCGUAGCAUGGGCCAAAAUAUUACAUCAGGGACAGUUCUCUGGGUCCAGGGAUCCUCGACACUAAUCUGGAUUUGGAAGAUAAAGCCGCUGUCGAUCAUUGAGUUGUUGAAAAUUGCUCUGCUAUGUAGAGUAGUUACCUGUCGCCGUGCGAGGGACUGCUGAUGCGGCAUGUUGUGCUUGUGUUAAGCAAGUCGAAAGAUAGGGCCUGGGCGAGCUCUGCAUCCUCGUCUGCUUCUGAUCAUUCUUCCAAGAAGGAAGGAUAGCUGAUGAUGUAUAUUUAUAUAAGUUGAGUUAGUGAAGGCAAUACCCGUUGUUCUCUUUACUUUGUUACUUAUGGUGGGGAUUAGGGGAGCCUGCACUCAUUCUUCCUGUGAUUUUUUUGUAGCAAGGUAAAUAGUACUGACUGAUAACACUGUCCUUGUGUAUGUUAGUUCUCUCUGAUGAAGAAGGUAGCAUCGAGUCCAUUAUGUGAACUGGGUAACAUUGUCCCGGGACGUUGGUGUUGUGCCUCUUGCAUAGAACUGUGCUUUUGCUGGAACAUAGAGUAGUACUCUGAGGGAUAUGCCAUUUUUUCAUUUACACACAAUCUAGCUUGAUUGACCAAUUCAUUAGUGCGUAAUAACCCUCUCCAUCCUGCUGCAUGCUUGUGCAUUUAACCUGUUAACCUGUGUCUUUCUGAACUAAUGUC